GUCUCCCCGGGCAACGCUGCGACUAGACGUCACUUCCCGUGUGAUCGCGUCUCUCGUGGUGCUCCGCGUGUUGCGGGCAGAGUUUUCUGGUGUUUUACCCGGUAGAGGGGGGGCGGGCUAUACAGAGGCCUGCCCCCGGUAUCACGGCUUGCGGACAUGGCGGAGCCGGCGGGGGUGUCCAGCAGACACGAGAAGAGUCUGGGGCUCCUCACCAGUAAGUUCGUGUCACUGCUGCAGGAAGCCAAAGACGGAGUGCUGGAUCUGAAAGUGGCUGCAGAUACUUUGGCUGUGAGACAGAAACGCAGAAUAUAUGAUAUCACUAAUGUCUUGGAGGGGAUUGGUUUGAUAGAGAAGAAGUCAAAGAACAGCAUCCAGUGGAAGGGUGUUGGUGCUGGAUGCAACACAAAAGAAAUCCAGGAUAGACUGAAGAAUCUUAAAGCAGAAAUUGGAGAUCUGGAUCUGAAGGAGAAGGAGCUAGACCAGCAGAAAGUGUGGCUGCAGCAGAGUAUCAACAAUGUUAUGGACGACUCUGUAAAUCAAAUAUACUCUUUUGUAACCCACGAUGACCUUUGCAAUUGCUUUAAUGGUGACACGCUCUUGGCCGUGCAGGCUCCUUCUGGCACACAGCUGGAGGUUCCAAUUCCAGAAACGGGUCAAAAUGGACAGAAAAAGUACCAGAUUAGUUUGAAAAGCAGUUCUGGGCCCAUCAAUGUUCUUCUUAUAAAUAAGGAAUCCAGUGCCUCUAAGCCGGUCGCCUUUCCUGUUCCUCCACCUGACGAUGUUACACAACCCCAAGCUCAGGCUGAACCAUCCAGUAUGCAAAGGCCGUCCACACAGAAUGACCCUCAACUGAAAGAGGAGAAAACAGAUAAACUACCAGAAGAAUCUAACACAAAUGAUGUUCAGGAGAACACAACUGUGACCAGUUUCUGUGAACUUCCAGAUUCUCUCCUCUAUCCCCCCCUGACAACAGAUUUGGCGCCAUCCACUGCCAGCGCCAAUGACUAUCUUGCAAUGGAUGUCAAUAAUCUCCUUAAGCCCAAUACAUUUGACAUUGCUAAACUGGAUGAUACGGAAGGUCAGAUAAGUGGAGACUUAAUUGAUGAGCUCAUGUCUUCUGAUGUGUUUCCACUCUUGCGACUUUCUCCAACACCCGGGGAUGACUACAAUUUUAACUUGGAUGACAGUGAAGGCGUGUGCGAUCUGUUUGAUGUGCAGAUACUGAAUUAUUAGUAAAGGGAUAUUGUUCCUGGUGGAUUAUAGCUGUGAGAACAGGUCUGUGGCGUUGUCUAUGUCAACAGGGGCUUCUGGAGUUGGCCUGGAAAUCUAGAAGAAAAAUGUAUUGAAGUUUAUCAGCUCACGAUACACUAAGACAAUUCUUUAUAGAAUACUGAGCGGGACGUAGUGCUUGUAUUCACCAAAAUAUUAAUGUUACUUCCUUGCCUUCACAACACCAUGGAGAAGAAAAGCGUCCAGGUAUCCCGGAUUUAUGUAACGGAACCAUAGGAUCUAAAGAACUGUCUGCACCCUACUUAUAAAUCAUCCAUAACCUUGUAGUACGACUUGUGCAGGAAGCUUACUUAGAAAUCUGGCUGAUGCAGAGCUCGUAACAGAUCCCCGGCUCUGUGCUGCUAGAGCGCAUUUCGUACCCAGGUCGGCUGGUAGAAACACGCCCCCUCCAUUCAUCUCUAUGGGAGAGGCGGAGACUCAGGAACGCUGUGUCUCCGCCUCUCCAGUAGAGAUGAAUGGAGGGUGCGCGUUUGUACCAAAAGGUGGAUGAUACGCGAGUCCUGGCCGGGACCGACCCAAUAUGAGACGGGGUCGUCCUGAGUCGUUAAAGGAGAUCUGUAGUGCUCUGAACUUUA